UAUAGUAAUGCAGUAUUGUUGUUAAAUGACGUGAUGUAUGUAUUUUUUGUUGUAUAGUGAUGAAGUGUACUGUGUUGGUGUUUUGGACUCUUUUGUGGCUACUGUAUAGUUCAAUGUCAUCUCCUCUACGAACCCCGAUGGCAGGAAAUCAGUUCACUUCCUUUAUUUUCAUCGGCUUUGUUUUGGGGCAAGCUCACUCAGCUGAUGAUACCUACUCUUCAGUGAUGCCUCGGACAGUAACAGCUCUGGCAGGCUCUUGUGUGCAGAUUCCUUGCACAUUCAACAUCUCCAAUUUUGAGGACAAAUGUAAGAGGGCAGAAUCUAACAAUGGGAUCUGGCUGAAAAACCAAUCACAGUAUGCUAGCAAAUACAGUUUUGUAGCUUUUAAUUGCAGUGAAGAUUUCAUUAGAGGAUUCAGUGACAUAAAGAUAACUGGAGAUUUCAAUAAGAGGAACUGCUCCACUGUCUUCUAUAACAUCAUGAUGAAUCAUUCAGGCCACUAUUACUUCAGACUGGAAAUAGAUCCAAAUGUGUUCAGAACUACAUUUAACCCCAAUACAGCUGAUUCAUCUGAUUCAAGCAAGACUGUGAAAAUCAUUGUCAGAGACUCACCACAACCUCCUGAAUUUAAUCCCAGUGAGCUACCGUAUGUGAUGGAGGAAAGUACAGUGAAUCUGAGCUGCUCUGCAGAAGCCCCCUGCCCCACGCAACGUCCUACAAUAUCCUGGUCUAACAUCCCUGAAUCUGCCAGCAUUACAAAACAGUUACUGGAGAAACCUGAUAAAACAGUGUUUUCAUACGUGACCUUCAAAGCUUCAUACACUGAUCACAAAAAGAACAUCACCUGCACAGCUACUUAUCCAAGAAAUACACAUGAUGCCUCUUCUGCUGUGACCACCCUGCUUCGAGUCCUGUUUCCUCCAAAAGAAACUCACAUCAUCAUUACCCCAUCUGUUGGCACUAAUGUGACUUUGACCUGCAAAAGCAAAGCCAGUCCAUCAAAUAACUUGAACUACACCUGGUACAAACGUGGGCAGGAGAUGCCUAUAGCUUGGGAAAAAAAGAUUAAUUUAAGCAGAACUCAUAGUCAAGAAUCAUACUUCUGCAUUGCACAAAAUAAACAUGGAAAACAGGCAUCAAAAGAUUUCCAGUUCAAAGAUGAUAGACAGAGUGAAUUCUCUCAUCUGGUGAUAUAUGGCUGUACAGGAGGACUUUUGGCUUUUGUUCUGUUGUCUGCAGGGUUUUUUUACUGUAUGAGAACAAAGGCUUCAAGACAGGGCCAUGUCACAGGAAAAGAUCAGGCUGAAGGUAAAAACAGAGACAUGAUGGCUAUCUAUGUUAACAAUGAUAUUGUGAUCAGCAAGAAUGGUGAGAAGAAAGGAACUGAUGAUCUCCACUAUAGUGAGAUUGACUUCUCCAAACUCCAGACAGGCCACAAGACAAGGGAACACCCAAACAAUGGUCCAGUGACAGAGUAUGCUGUGGUUCAAAUGAUAGAGAGAAAGAGACAAAUCAACAGUGACCAGCAAAUGGACCAACUUUAUGCUGAGGUCCAGAAAAAGUGAUUUUUUUUCUUUUUAGAUGUUAAAUCUUGUUAUUGUGCAGAGACCUGUGACACUUGUCAGCCAUAGACAGUCAUCAA